AUGCCCGACUCGUCCGCCAUCAAGCCUUUUGGCUUGACCCAGAUCUACCUCCCCCGCGGCGACCCUCAGGUCGAUAUCGUCUUCGUCCAUGGCCUGAAUGGGAACCCCCACGACUCCUGGACGAGCCACAAGCAGACGGGCUGCUUCUGGCCCCUCGACCUUCUCCCAGACAUCCUCGCCCCCGUGCGCCCGCGCAUCCUCACAUAUGGCUACAAUGCGAACGUCACGGCGUUUACGGAUGGUGCAUCGCGGGAUACGAUCGUCAGUCAUGCAGAGACGUUGGCUUCCUCCUUGGCCGCCAACCGAAGCUUGCGCAACUGCACCGAACGCCCUAUCAUCUUCGUCUGUCACUCGCUAGGUGGACUGGUCGUCAAGCGCGCCCUGAUUUACAGCUUCAACCUCCGAAGCGUCAGAACAGAGCACCUACGAUCUAUUUACGUAUCCACCUUCGGCAUCCUCUUCCUCGGUACCCCACACAAUGGAUCCGAUAUCGCCAAAUGGGGCCUCCUGCUGCACAACAUCUGCAGCGCGGUCCUGCCCAAGAAGUUCAUGGAAUCAUCCCCCCAGCUGGUCCAGGCGCUGCGCACCAACAACGAGACCCUCCAACACAUCAACAGUCUCUUUGCCGACCUCAUGCCUCGCUUCCAUAUCUAUUUCUUCCACGAAACACGCUCAACAGAUCUGCGUGGCACUCGGGACGUGAUUGUGGACGAAGCGUCAGCGGCGCCCUACAUCGAAGGCGUGGAGCGCAUGGGCAUCGAGGCUGAUCACAGCCACAUGUGCAAAUUUGAGGAUGAGAAUGCGCCGGGCUAUGAGGCUGUGGCGGAAGCUCUGAUGCGCUACUCUCGUCAGGCCCCCAGUGUGGUUGCUGAUCGCUGGGUGGAAGAGAAGAAGACACGGGCUCUGGAGCACGCGGCUACAGCUAGGGAAAUAUUUCCAGGUCACUCCGUGGCCACUGUGCCGCCUCCCCCGGCUAGUGAAGGCCAUUAUUCCCCAGUCCAAGACAUGGACAAUGGUGGUUCCCUCUCUUUCCCCACGAUUCCGCACGAGGAACCGUCCUUGUUCAUCGUCCCUCCCGGAUUUCAUCCCAACGCGACUUUUUUCGGCAUGAAGAAAGAACUGGACGUACUUCAUCAGCGCCUGUACUUGGCCAAGUCGCGCGCGAAACGGACCAAAGCGGUUUUGAUCUCCGGUGUCCCGGGCUCUGGCAAGACGCAUCUAGCGCGAGAGUACGUCUUCAAUCAGCGACAUUGCUUCCCAGGAGGAAUCUUCUGGAUAGACUCCAAAACCCGCGAGUCGGCGUACAAGUGUUUCUGGGAGAUUGCACAGGUCGCCAUGCUGAUCGACCCCGAGGAGGCCCGAGAUCCGGAGUACAGAGAGUCCAAGAGCUAUGUGAAUGCUGUACGAAGCUGGCUCCAAACACGCGAGCAUUGGCUUUUGGUCUUUGAUGGCCUCACCUUUGAUAUUGAUGACGACCUCAAUGACUUCAAACAGCUCUUGCCGUGGAAGGAAAAAUGCAGCAUCAUUUACACAUCGGUCGACAUGACGCUACGAAAGAAGCAGCGCCUCUUUGAGCCAUAUUGCCUACAGAUCUCCAAGCUGAAGGUUGAAGAUGCCUGCCACCUUCUCUUCAAGGAUCUUGGAAUCAAGCGGCCAACCGCAGAGCAGGAGUCCAAAGCUAAAGAUUUGGUCAAUCACUACGAGUGUCUACCACUGGCCAUCCAUGCCAUCGGCCAUCGUCUGAAUGCGACGGGCAAGCCGAUCGAGAAGUUCCGCAUCAAAUCUCAAGUGACCGACAAGAAGCUUGCCGAGCCGUUUCUGAGCAUUAUGAAUGAUCUGUAUCGGCUGCAGUUCGUACAAGCCUUGAAUUUGAUCAAUCUUCUCUCAUUCCUUGGCCACCAGGUACCUGUUGGAAUGCUCAAUUUCGGUCGACCCGCAAUGGCAACGUCAAAUGUGGACAUCUUGACUAAAGCUCAGACCGGCGAGGAUGCUGACCUCGACACCACGUUGGGAACUCUUAUACAUUAUGGGCUGAUCGAGCGGACGACGGAUCUGGACCCGUUGUCUUCGCAAACUACAUCCAUACAUCAAUCGAUACGGUACUCAGGUACGGAAUACUCAAACGGGAAUACUUCGAAUGGUGACGAUACAGCCAAACCUACCGUUCAGGAGGUAUCUGAAUCCUUCACUGAGAGCAGCCAAGAGGGCUUUUUCUCCAUCUACCGAGGUGAUUCGGCGGUGGACGUCGUCAAGAUUCACAGUGUGGUACAAGGGUUUUGCCGAGAUGAGCUCCGAAUCAAGGAUGAGGAGUAUAAGGGAGGUAUGAACAAGAAUGAUCCUGGCUUCUACGAUUCCUGGUUGAUUGUUACUGCCCGUUUCCUGUGUAAAUCCUAUGAAGGUGCCAAGGAAAAGAUGGCUCACUACCACGACUGCGGCCUUGUGCGAGACUAUCGCGAGUACGAAACUCACGCCUCCCGUCUGACUGAGCUAUUCCCCAAGAAGUCACCUGGGGCUUCGUACCCGCCGGUCCUUCGUGAGGCGCGGGAGAAUUUGCGGCAACUUGUGAAGAGCAUCAGCAACGAGAUUGAUGUCAACUCUCCCAGUUCCUCACAUCAGGCAGUCAGGAACCAAAGGUCGGUCUUUGACCGGUCGAGCAGCUCUUCAUCGUCGAUCCCCGACUCUUCGUCAGCAGACGAGGGGCUAUCCCGCAAAUCGACCUUUAACUGGAAUGAGCUGGGUUCGCCUCGCGCGGAGUCUCCAGAGGAGAUGGCGGUGCCGCCUCCGCGUUUUAGGCUGGAGCUGUUCCCGCCGCAUAUCUUCAGGCAGGCAGGUUACGAAUCAGAAGAUGGGUACGAAACGGACCAAGAGACCAAGCCGCCGCCAAAAAUCUCCCCGUCGCUUUCACAAGCCAGCCAGACCACCGAACGGGCCAAACAGUCUCCGUCAUCUUCGAGCCCUCCUGUUCCAUUGGACGAAGGUGAAUGGAAAGUCAUUAAGCGGCAUGAAAGGGCUAGGACUUUCAAGGAAAGGCAGCAGGAAAGGCAACAGGAAAGACAUCAGGAAAGACAGCCGAGGCGACGAGCCAGAGAUCCUCGACGACCUCGAGGCACCAAACUUGUGACUCCACUGGUCAAAGUUUCUUCUGUCCAUGGACGAGGAUCAUCAAGUCGCACGCCGGUUCUCAGUGAAAAUGGAGGUAACUCUACAGUUUUGGCUUCUGCAGCGGAACAGGCACUAGAUGCUGUUCGCCGUCGGUUGAGUAGCUCUCAGCUGACUUCCGAUACCCCGGGAUCAAGCGCGACGACCCCCAAACCGGUACAGAAAGAGAACACACCCACUUAUGCGACUGUGGCUGCUCGGCGUAUGUUGGAAGGUGAGCUACUGGUACGACGACCGGCAUCAGUGCCUGCAGCUCAUGGGCUGCAGACGCAGCCUGGACUACAGAUGCAACCAUCUGCAGAGUCUCUGAAUAGCAACCCAUUUGCAUCUCCGCUGUCCCACGAGGUGACCUCUUACGAGUUGGAGGGGCAUGAUGGAGCGAUGGACCGGUCGACCUACAGUGAGCCAGGCUAUUACGACCUCCACAAGUACCCCCUGGCCGGCUUGGACUUGCACACUGCACCGGGAUCAAGACUUAAUUCCCGCCGUGGAUCGCUCGCGCCCGUUGAAGCUAUUCGAGAUUUGUCCGCCAGCGUACCAUCUCUUCUUCCAUAUCCACCACCACUUCCAUACGAAGAGGACAUUGCUGUCAGUAUGCCGACUCACAGGAGACAACUUCAACAACUCCAACAAGUCCCCAUGUCCGGUGCCUCUUCUGCGACGACAAUCGUUCCUAUCCCGCACCCGUCCGCUAUCAUGCCUGGCGCGGCACCUCUCUCCACUUCUUCCAACUCUAUCGGCAAUAUUCCUGAACGACCUGCACCCGAGCCACUCGCCCGAGCUGGCUCUGGAUACUCACACCAGUCCUGGGCCACCGAGCCAGUCAGAUACCCACCUCGCUUCUCACCGCAGCCGUCGUCCUUUGGAGUCUCCAGCGACUCGAUACCCUCUACUGCCUCCUCAGCACCCCAGCACCAACUUCUCUCCGGAACCGGCGGCUGGGCCGCCGAAUAUCCACUGGUAGGAGGGAGCGCUUUGCAAUCAGACAUUGCCUUCCCUACCCACCAACCGCCACUAAUUCCCCGACUGGGCUCAGUGGACGAGCGACUGAAGAGCGUUGACCUGGGCUGGAACCCUGACAUGGAACCCGCGCAGCUGCUGCAGUUCGGCGGACACCGCGUCGACGUCCGUGAUGCACGCCAUAGACUGAUGGAACAAGGCCGUCUGCAGACUCCGCGCCAUGCCCCCACCUAUCGACUCUAUCAUCCCAAUCUGUCUGGUCCUCUGGUCCAGAGUGGUGAACAUCUUCAUGCCCCUGCACCUGCGCUGGAAGUGCAUGGCAGGCGCGCUCGCAGUGGCAGUUCUCCUCCGCGUCCAGAUUAUGAGGGUCUGGGUGUGCGCUUCUAG